AUGGCGGGGACCGCCGUACCUCAAGGUGGAGGAGGCCACGGGGUGUGCGCCCAGCCCGGCCUGGCAGAGGCAGCCCAGACGCCCAGGGAGCCCCAACCCGAGGCCCGGGGGUCCCCGAGGACAGCCAGGGCGGCGGCGGACCUCGGGGGGCCCUGGGCUGGGCUGGGCCGUGCAUCCCUCCUGGAGCAACCCCCCCACACACCCCCGGCUCUGUCGGCCGCUCCCGGGCCGGGGUCCUCGCGGGCCCAGCCCGGCCUCUCCCCGCCGCCGGCGGCCCGCACUCGCUGCGUCCCGGGCCCCGCGCAGCUGGUGGCGGCGGGGGCGCGGGGCGCGGGGGGGAACCCCGAUGCCUCCCCGGGGCGCCCCUACCCGGCCCGGCCCGCGCCCCGCCCCCGCCGCGGCCGAGCCCCGCGCCAGGCUCGGGCCGGCGCCCCGCGGCGCAGUGGCCAGCCGGGUCCCCGCGCCGCGGCCCCGACCCCGCGCCCCGACCCCACCGGGCCCGCGCUCUAUCUGGGCCUCCCCGAGGCCGGCCCAGGCCCCGUCGCCCCGGCCUCGGCGGCGGCCCCCCGAAAACCCGGCUCCUCUCCGGACCCCCGGGCCGCCCCGCCCCGCGCGCCCCCCGGCCGCGCUGCGCCCUCCCGGGGUGCCGGGCCCGGCCUCCUCGGCUCCCCGGCCGCGGCCCCGGCCCGGCCCCGCGGCGCGGCGCCCCGCAUCCCCGCGCCCCGCAUCCCCGCGCCCCGCAUCCCCGCACCCCGGACCCCGUGCGCUCACCUCGGGGCCGCGCGGAGGAGGCGGGGGCCGCGCGCACCUGUCCGGUCGCCAGCGCGUGCUGGGCGGCUCAGCCCGGCAUCCCGGGGCGGCGGGGCUCAGCCCGGGCCCUCGCGCGGGCGUCGGCUCCGGGGUCGCAGCGCCGAGGCCGGGCCCGGGCCGCGUCGCCGCCGCAUCUCCGCCGCCGCCGCGCGGCCGCCGCUCCGCUCCGCGCCGCUCCGGCCCCGCCGCCCCCGCCGCGCCCGCCGGGGGCCCGCAAGACCCGGCGCGGAGCCCGGAGCGGAGCGGAGCCGGGCUCGCGGGGAGGGGGGGCAGCACGCGCGGGACGGGCGGGGCUCGCGGGGGGUCACCGCGCCCCGCUCCUCCCCGGGGUCACAAGCACCCUCGGGCUCACCCCGCCUCCUGGGGUCACGCCCACCCGCACCCCGUGGCACCCGCCCCCUCCCCGGGGUCACCCAGCCCCCUGGAGUCACCCUCAACCCCUCCUCCCCUGCCUCGCGCCUUCCCCCAAACCUGUUCCCACUGGAUGCGAGGGGCGCCUGGGGCGGAUGGCGUCGAGACCCCCGCCCGCGGCCUGAGGCCCCCCUUAAACGAGGCCGUUGGUCCAGUCGACACCCCGGACCCUUCAUACACCCGCUGGACGUACGGUCGGAGUGUCUCAUGUCACCGGCCUCCGGCGGAAACCUGACCACGUCCCCAGGGCUCAGGGCGCCCCUGUCCUCUCCCGGGGGCCGCCCAGGUCCCCAGGGUCCCCCCUCCGCCGCACCCCCAGCCCAGCCCGGCAGCUGUGCCCGUAUUUAUAGCGGGCAGCCCGUGACACUUCACUUCCGAAAGGGAUCCUGGCUGUUCCUGCCGUCCACACCUGUCCCCGGGGCCGGGGCCACCUCGCCGGGCCUCCCUCCCGUCUCCUCGCGCAGCCCCGCCUGGUUCCCGGGCCCCCGGCGUCCACACCUGUCCCCGGGGCCGGGGCCACCUCGCCGGGGCCUCCCUCCGGUCUCCCCAGCCCCUCUGCCGCGCAGCGCAGCGCCGCCCCGCCUGGUUCCCAGGCCCCCGGCCCGCCCGGGCCCCUCCGCCCCUGGCCCGCGCAUUGUCCCAGGCGCGGGGUCCCGGCGGCCGGGGCUGCGCGGGGGCUGCGCGGGGGGCGGCUGCCUGCUCCCCGCCGUCUCUGGGCAACGCUGGCACACGGAGGGCUCGGACACAGAGGCCGUGCUGUUCCAGGGAGGGGGACAGAGGGCCCGAGGUGACCCCGGGACAGGCGGGGGCAGCCCAGGAAGGGGGCCCAGGCAGGAGGUGAGCAGUGGCCAUGGGAAAGGCCCCCAUCCCCAGCUGUCUCCAUUGUGUCCCCAAACCCUGUCACCACCCAUCGUGCCUUCCUCCUGA